AGAGCGCGCAGCAGGUUGGGCCACGAGUGUCAAAGAAGGUUCAAUGGCGUGGCAGGGACUGGCGGCCGAGUUCCUGCAGGUGCCAGCGGUGACGCGGACCUACACCGCGGCCUGUGUCCUUACCACCGCAGCUGUGCAACUGGAGCUCCUCAGCCCCUUCCAGCUCUAUUUCAACCCGCACCUCGUGUUCCGGAAGUUUCAGGUCUGGAGGCUCGUCACCAACUUCCUCUUCUUUGGGCCCCUGGGAUUCAGCUUCUUCUUCAACAUGCUCUUCGUGUUUCGCUACUGCCGCAUGCUGGAGGAGGGCUCCUUCCGUGGCCGCACGGCCGACUUCGUCUUCAUGUUUCUCUUCGGGGGCGUCCUCAUGACCCUGCUGGGGCUCCUGGGCAGCCUGUUCUUCUUGGGCCAGGCCCUCACUGUCAUGCUGGUGUAUGUCUGGAGUCGCCGCAACCCCCGAGUGAGGGUCAACUUCUUUGGCCUCCUCACCUUCCAGGCACCAUUCCUGCCCUGGGCACUCAUGGGUUUCUCACUGCUGCUGGGCAACUCAAUCCUUGUCGACCUGCUGGGGAUUGCUGUGGGCCACAUUUACUACUUCCUAGAGGAUGUUUUCCCCAACCAGCCUGGAGGCAAGAGGUUGCUGCUGACCCCCAGUUUCCUGAAGCUGCUACUGGAUGCCCGAGAGGAGGACCCCAAUUACCUGCCCCUCCCGGAGGAGCAGCCAGGACCCCUGCAGCAAUGACCCUACCCAGGGCCAGGGCCAGCCCAAGAAGCCCGUUUUCCUGGUCUCUGACAGACCUCCCUCCCACCCCUAACUCCCGCUUUCAGGAGAGCAACCUGUCCUGCAGACUGGGCCUGUGCCCAGGGCCCACCCAAAUAAACAGGAUGACCUGCACCUCUUCGUCCACAGCACUGGCUCCCUGCCUUUCCAUGCUGCUGGCCCUGACGUAGAGCCACUAAGCCUGGCCUGCCCUCUCAGACCAGAAGGGAGGCCCAGAGUGGGUCAAGAACCUGCCCAUAGUUGCUUAGCAGCAGUGAACUAGCAGAUGGCACACUCCGGGUUUUCACUCUAGCUUUGCCAGUGCCUUGCUGGAGCCUUGGGCAAAUCCCACCUGCACCAGAUCUCUGCUCCCUGCCAUGCAGCAAGGGAGCUGGUCAGAUCUCACUGGCUGGGGCCAGGACUGGGAUGUCCCUGUUGUGCCAAGCCUAGUCUGUAGGGGCUCCUGCCCAUGGUGCCCUCAGGCUGAUGCCUCACUGUCCCUCAUCAGCAACUAAGUGGACCUUUGCCCACUUUCCAGCUGAGCAGUUAAUGGACUUGGCCAAGGCUCCAUGAGGUCAGGUGCAGAGGAGGGCCAGGACUGGGUCCUCUACCCUUUCUGCAACCCCAAAGCUUUGAGAAAUUUUCACCAUAGCAGAGCCUUGCAAAGUUCUCUCCCUAAUGUUUUUAGCUAAGGACCAUGGAAACCUUAUCUGAUCACACAGCUCACUUUUCUCUUUGGUAAAGCAGCCAUCAGGCAACCUGGCCAACUUUCCUCAUCACCCUAGACCAGUCCAAAUUACAAUUUAUUCCUGGAUGAUUGGCAGCAAUAGGGGCUCCUCCAGCCAUAGGUCGUCAUGUUCGUGGGUGACACAAGUAUUCACCAUGGGAGUCUAACCUUAAUUUGGUAAUGAAAUCUUGCGGAGUAGCAGUGUAGCAGCGUGGGCUGGCAAUGCUCAGAGUGAGGGCUCAGCCCCUGGGCUGCCCUCUAGUUGUAGGGCCUCACGGACCAAGCAAACCCUUUAGCAAUGGAGCCCACUUAUUUCCAAGGCCAGUGGAGCCUGGGCCUGGAAUCCUGCUCUUUGUUCAAGGCCUUCCAGUGAAGCCCAGGUGUCCCCUUGCUGUGGGGCUCCAGCAAGUUCCACUCCUGGAUGAAGGGUAGGGGGCUUGAGUACAAACUCCCCGGCAGCCAGGAGCCGUCACGUCCCAGGACAUGAUCACAGGACCCCAAGCCCAGAGGGCUAGGUGCGUCUACCCCUACAUCCUGGCAGUCAAGACCUCAAUUCCUACUCAGAGCUCUGCCCUUGCCCAGGGUGGGGUUCAAGUUGGGAGCCAGGUGCCAUCACACUCCUGCCAUGCUGCUGGAGGGCAGAGUAGCCCUGACAUGGCAGGGAAGACCUGCCAGCAAGUGAAGGAGGCAACCCAGUGCUUAGAUCUGGGUCCGUUACCUUCGUUAAGAAUGUAGCUGUGCGCCCAAGUAAUCAAGUAGCACUCACUCAGUGAGGAGACCCACAUAUGCCACCCUCAUGGAGCCCACGUCCCUUCUGUAGAGUGAGGACACUUCCACAUUAGACAAGAAUGCAGAGGGGACACACAGCUCACUGGAGGCGGAUCUGAGAAGAGGCCCAGAGCUUGCCUCCUUCUCAACACAUAGCACCCACGGCCAGCACUGGGCAGGCAUGCUGCUCCGUGUGCCUUACUUCUCAUAACCGACCUGGGAGAGAGGAGCUGGCCUGGGUGGAGUCACCAGCUGGGGGCAGAGCUGGGCCCCAACCACCUGUUGCACAUGCACCGCUGCAAGGUGUGGCAAGAGCGGUGCACGCCCGCUGGAGCCUGAACAGCCAGGCAUGGGCCCUUGGGCACCCAAGCUGGUAAUGCCCCUGCAGCAACCACAAAGGACGGGGCUGCUGUAAGGGACUCCAGAGAAGCAAUGCUCCUGGCCAGGGGUGGCACAAUAGCCCAGACGUGCAGAGCCCAAGGAUGGCAGGAAAGCCUGUAGCUCCUUCACAAGGCCAAGCAAAGGGGGUGGGGUGGGGCCGUCACUGAAAGGUAAGUGGGCCCCCCUACCCUGAGUCUCAUGACCUCACUUGUCAUGUCCAUCAGCUGGAGGGCCUGAGGAAAAGCAAGACUGUGCUAUGGUUGGCCUUGGAUAGAAACUUAGCCCCAACCUGCCCACCUGGGACUCUGAGGCAGAGAAGGCUGAGAGGCCUGGCAUGCCAGCCUUGGUCCCACACCACCCCAGCCAAGUCCUUCUCCUCGUCCCCUUUCUUAUUUUUAUGCUACCACUUUAAAAAAAUGGAACAUGACCUGUUGUCUUUUAUUUAAAAAGUGUUGCUAGCCCUGCCUGGGGCUCCUAUACAAAAACAAAACAUAACCCAAAACGAGGCCUCUUUCUGACCAGAGACUUGGACAGGGACUGGGCUCAACAAAUGGAAUGUGCCCAGGGGAGGGUGACCAGAAGCCCUCCCCACACCCCAUGUUCCUCAGGAUGGCCCCGGCCUGCCCCUUUGCCUCCCUCCUUGCCAGAAGAUGAAGGAGAGGCGGUCCGAUCUUCUCAAUGCUCCGUGGGAGCCAUGCGCAGACGGGCUGGUUACCAAGCUGGGGCAGUGUUGGCAAGACGCCUCAUACGCCUGCAGGAGGAGAGGAGGAAAACCCACCUGGGGUCUAGAUUGGGACUCAUCACCCAGGGCCUGCCUCUGGCCAUGCAGGUACCUUCCCAGAACCAGGGUCCCUCCCCUGCCUGCAAGACAGUGGCUGUGUGCAGAGCAAGCUGCAAGGGGCCUGAAGGGGGGAGGGGUACCUUGUGUUCCUGUCCUGGUCUCGGAUCUUCUUUUCCAUCUCAGCGUCUGUCAGAGUCUCCAGCAGUGGGCACCAUUGGUCAGCAUCGCCUGUGUUCCGGAUGGCAAUCUCCACCGUGGCCGGGCGGCCUGCACCUGUCUCUCGAGGCCCACCACCCCCAGAAGGCUGGGCCUGCUCCACUGCAGCCCUAUCAAGUGUCUGCCCACCUCAGCCUGGAGCCCUACACAGCACAGUUCCCUCUGAGAAGAGUGAAGGCAGGCAGAGCCCAGGGGAGGCAGGGAGGACACUGACAGAAUAAAAGAGGAUGGACCCCUGA